UGCCUGGACCGCAACCCGGCUGCGCUGGGCUACGCCCAGCAGGCCGCCGCCGCCACAGGCCUGCCGCCCGACAGGCUGCAGGUGGUGGCGGGGUCGGCAGAGGCGCUGCCCCUGGGAGAUGGCUCUGUGGACGUGGUCAUAGCCGUGCACGUCCUCUGCUGCGUGGGCUCGCCAGACCGGGCGGUGGCCGAGGUGCGGCGGGUGCUCCGGCCCGGGGGCAGGUACCUGUUCAUAGAGCACGUGGCUGCGCAGCCCGGCACCCGCCUGGCCUCGGUGCAGGGCUGGGUGGCGCCGGUGGUGCGGCUGGUGGCGGAUGGCUGCAACAUCGACCGCGACAGCCUGCAGACCAUCCGUGCCGCCGGGUUCAGCGCGGUGCAGGUGCGCACCGCUAGGACCUGCGCGUGCCUGUCUCCACUGACCCUGCACUCCAUUGGCUGA